AUGCUGCGACGGUACCUGCGUCGAAUGUCCACCUCCGCAGGCUCGCCCGCCUACCGCUCCCACGCCGAGCGCACGGCCGCGCAGCCACGGGAUAAUGCACGACAUCCCACACUGCACACGGCCCGAAUCACACACAUUGCCCGCUCCACGCCCACGCUGCGUCUAUUUACACUAACACUCACCACCCCGCACUUCACCUUCAAACCCGGCCAAUGGCUCGACGUCCACGUCCCCACCCCCGCCGCCCCCUCCCCAGGCGGCUUCACAAUCAUCUCGCCCCCCUCUCUCCUCCCCGACCUACAACUCGCCAUCCAAGCCGCACCCCACAACCCGCCCGCCGCCUGGCUAUGGCAGCACGAGCCCCUCAUCGAGGGUAAAGAGGUGAAAGUUAGGGCUGGCGGCAGCUUUACGUUCCCGCCUCCGGAGGACAGCGGCGUUGCUGGGGGCAUCGGGCAUGUGGUGUUUGUGGCGGCGGGGGUGGGCGUAAAGUGUGUCAUUCCCCCCUCUACCCCGUUUUGUCCGCUGUUGUCGAUGCUGCGCUAUAUACAGGAGAGCGAAAAGGACCUCGAGGUCUCGUUCCUGUGGAGCACGAAAGCGCCCGUGCCCGAGGCAUACAUGGGCGUUUUAUCAGCGCUUGAUGAGCAGAGCUUUAAACUCUUUCUCACCGGCGACAAUGAUGAGGCGGCCGGUACGGAUGAAGCCGUGCCCGCGGCGGAGGAGGUCAAGUGGCCGCAUGAGGCGCGCAGGAUGACGGUAGACGAUGUAAAGGCGGUGGUGGAGCUUGGCCCCGGGGAGGAGACGGUGGUGUAUGUGUGCGGGCCGCCGCCGUUUACAGAGACGUUUGUGGAGGGGGUGGUGGCGCGGACGGGGCUGGGGAGGGAGAGGGUGUUUAUGGAGAGAUGGUGGUGA